GCAGCCAUGUUGUUCCUAAGGCAACCUAAAGCUUACCCUGGUUGGCCUUGCAGGAAGAACAGAGCAUGAAAAAGAAAGACGAGAGGGAUCACCUGGUCUGACAGCAUGGGUUAUGAUGUGGAGCGCUUUGUGGGCUAUGUAAACGAAGGGUUGCUGUGCUGUGUGUGUCGUGACGUGUUGGAGGAUCCUCUGCAGGCUCCUUGUGAGCAUGCUUUUUGUAGCACCUGCAUUCAUGCCUGGCUUGUGAACCAUCAGAACUGCCCUGAGGAUCGGCUCCCUCUAAGCAUUGCAAACCUGCGUCCACUCCAUAGAUACAUGAAGAAUGACUUGGCAAGGCUCCAGAUGAAAUGUACAUAUCGCUCUCAGGGAUGUGAGGUCAUCUGUGCGUUGGAGUCCAUACGUCAGCAUGAACAGCAGUGUGAAUUUGCUCUGUUUACUUGUAGCAAUGAAGGUAAGGACUACCUGUGUUACCACUGUGGUUAUCCAAAGCAAGUGUCUCAGCACUCUCUUGAAGCACACUUAUGCGUGUGUGAGUACCGCAACAGAAUGUGUACCCGAGGGUGCGGAUACACACUUUCAAAUGCAGACAAGGCUCAGCACAACUGCAUCUCUGAACUCCGAGCUGAGCUAGACUUACUGAGGACUGAACUGGAUUGUAAGGUGGAGAAAGUGAGGCAUGAGAUGGAGUCGCGGUUGGAUUCUCAAAGAAGACAUAUGGUAAAAAAGGAGAGCCUACUAAAAAACGAGGUGGACGAGCUCAAGGACCAACUUUCCUGUGUGGUGUCUGACGUGUGUGCGUUACUGGGAGCAGAGCGAACCCGCAGGCGAGAGCUGGAGAGGGCGGAGUUUGAGAAAGCAGAGCUUCUGGAACAUCUGAAGAACGAGGUUCUUAAAUCAGGCACGGCCACUCAAACGCUGAUGUGUCACAAUGAGGAGCAUCGAAAGCAAAACCCACAUAGCCUAACGUUAGACUGCCUCAAGAAGAAGAGCAGAGAAGUCACAGAUCUCUGAAGUGGCAUAACUACCAAAAUCCUACUGGUGCUAACCAAAUUAUGGUUCAACAUUAUAAAUGUUUAAGGAUUUACCAAAACAAAUUAAAUGAUUCACAUCUUUUCAAAAUGGAUUUAUUUCACAUGAACUCUCCAACUAUUUAUCUCUAACUGGCUCACAAUAAAAUACGUUGCAAUGUG